UUGCAAAGCAUGAGCAUAUCGUUUCCCCGCCUUUGUCUCCCUCAUUUUCCUCUUCCUCCUCCCACUUCAAUCUCUCCCUCUCUCUCUCACUCUGCGAUCAAAUCAUGAAAUCAUCGCAUUGAUUUUGUUUCCAGCUUAAUUAAGCGUCGUAGAAGAAUUAAUUAAUCGUAAUUAACAAUGGACUCGACGACGAUUUCACAUCUUUCACACGGAUCGAUUUCGUCGAGCAUUGGAGACUCGUGGGAGCUUGAAGGCAAUCUUCCGCUCAAAGAUCGCCUCAAGGCCUUUAAAACCAACCAGUUCGACCCCAACGUCUACGUCACCACCAAAUGUCAUACCAUGAGUGAGAAGGAAAUAAAGCACCUCCACUCUUACCUUGUUGACCUGAAGAAGGCGUCUGCAGAGGAAAUGCGUAAAAGUGUUUACGCUAAUUAUCCGGCAUUUAUCCGUACAUCGAGGGAAAUCACUGAACUUGAGGGACAACUCCUUUCCAUGAGAAAUCUCCUCUCUAGUCAGGCAACUUUAGUUCACGGUUUAUCUGAUGGAACUCGAGUUGAUUCAUUGUCCACUGGCAACGAAGAUUUAAAUGACGAGGACAUAUUAGUAGAAAGUAAGGAACUUUCUGAGAUUGAGAACUGGUCAGGAGAAUUCGAGGACACCCUCGAGGUUCUAUUGGCCGAAAGAAGAGUGGAUGAAGCGUUAACUGCCUUGGACGAAGGUGAACGCAUAGUGCAACAAGCUAAGGACAGGAAUAAAUUAACCUCAGCUGCAUUCUUGUCACUGCAGACUACCAUCACUGAACAGAGGCAAAAAUUGAUGGAUCAGCUGGCAGAGACAAUGAGUCAACCUUCCACGCGUAUCGUUGAGCUUCGCCCAGCUGUUCUAGCUCUCAAAAAGCUCGGGGAUGGUCCCCGUUCACACACGUUGCUGCUCAAUGCUCACCAUCAAAAGUUGAAGUCUAAUAUGCAAGGUCUUAGCUUAUCUAGCACUUCAUAUGGCGGAGCAUAUAUCGCUGCGCUUUCUCAACUGGUCUUCUCAAGCAUUGCGCAAGCGGCAAGUGACUCCCUGGCAGUUUUCAGUGAGGAGCCCGCUUAUACAUCUGAACUUGUCACUUGGGCAGUCAAACAGACCGAGGCUUUUGCUCAGCUCCUAAAAAGGCAUGUUCUGGCUUCAUCAGCAGCUGCCGGGAGUCUAAGAGUUGCCGCAGAGUGUGUUCAUAUAUGCUUGGGACACUGUUCGCUAUUAGAAGAUCGCGGGUUGUGCCUCUCUCCUGUCUUAUUGAAACAUUUCAGGCCAGUCCUUGAGCAGGCAUUGUACUCCAACUUGAAAAGAAUUGAACAGAGCAGUGCUGCAUUAGCUGCUGCUGAUGAUUGGAUGCUUCUUUAUCCACCGGUAGGCUCACGCCUUAUGGGUUCGACUUCAUCUCUUACUACUAUGAGCCAAAACCAGCCAAAGCUUUCAAGCAGUGCUCACAGAUUCAAUUCAAUGGUUCAGGAACUUCUCGAGGAUAUGGUGCCGCUUGAGACCCUGCAGUUGGAUGGUCCGGCAUUAGAAGGCAUUUUACAAGCGUUUAACUCGUAUGUAACUAUAUUGAUGAAUGCAGUGCCUGGUUCAGCGGAGACUGAAGAGAACUUGGAAGGAUCAAGACAUAAACUUGUUAGGAUGGCGGAGACAGAAGCUCAACAGCUAGCUUUGCUAGCAAACGCAUCAUUGCUAGCAGACGAGCUGCUACCACGAGCUGCUAUGAAGCUUUUGCCCCUACAGCAGGGUCAGCAGGCUAAUAGACCAAUGGAAACCCCUAAAAGAUCUUCGGACAGGGGAAAUCGUGUCCCGGAACCUAGCAGGGAAUGGAAGAGGAGGCUUCAACGCUCGGUCGAGCAGUUGAGAGACAGCUUCUGCAGACUACAUGCCCUUGAUCUCAUCUUCACUGAAGAUGGGGACACGCGCCUUAACGCGCAAAUGUACACCAGCAUGGACGGAAACCUAGACCCCGAAUGGUUCCCAUCUCCGAUACUUCAGGAACUUUUCACAAAAUUGACAACCUUGGCGAACCUUGCAACGGAUAUUUUUGUAGGGAGGGAAAGGUUUGCGACUAUCCUGCUAAUGAGACUGACUGAGACUGUGAUCUUGUGGCUUUCAGAUGAUCAGAACUUCUGGGCAGAAAUUGAAGGGCCAAAUCCAUUAGGCCCUCUCGGCCUUCAACAGUUCUAUUUGGAUAUGGAGUUUGUGUUGCUUUUCACAUCGCAAGGCCGGUACCUUUCUCGGAAUCUGCAUCAAGUUAUAAAGAACAUCAUUGCUCGAGCCAUCGAUGCAGUGACUGCUACCGGAAUAGAUCCAUACAGUGUUUUGCCGGAGGACGACUGGUUUGCCGAAGUAGCUCAAAUAGCAAUAAAGAUGCUGACAGGGAAGGCCAACUUCUCGAAUGUGGAACAAGACGUUACGAGCCCCAAUCAAUCUGCAAGAUCUUCUCAUGGAAGUGAGACCGGUUUUUCUCAGCACUACAGAGAGUAAUUAUAUUCAUUUAGAUUCUACAUUAACAACAAUAAAACAAAUUUUUUUUUAUUGUUUUAUGGAUGGUCAUUUUUCCAAUUAAUACAUCUUAUGAUGUUUACCGAUUUGAAGGCGUUGGAGAAUAAGAAACCUACAAUGGGAAUAUGAAAAAAGAUAUACAGUUAAGAUGUG